AUGCCUCAUAAAAAUAACUCAUAUUCUACUAUAAACAAUAGAAACAUUUUUUAGUUAUUUUAAUAAGAAAGCAAUAGCCUUUAAAAUAGUUCAACAGAUGACGAUAAUGAUGAGAUAUAAAAUAAUUCUAUGGAAAGCGAAGAAGAAUAAAGUUCAAUUGAGUCAGAUUCUAAUUCUGAGAGAGAAUUUUAGUCUGAAAAUUACAUUGAUUUUCCAGAUAUGAACCUAUUUUAAAACUCUAAAGGGUAGGUUUUACCUAUUCCAGAAGAUUAUUUAUUCAAUGAUUCGCAAACCUAUUAAAAAACAAUGAAUAAAUUAGAAUAAGAAAGAUUCUUCAAAACAAUAAGACAUUCUUUGAGGGAAAAUGUUUUUAAGGAAACAAAUAAAUUGAAAAAUAAAAGAGAAGAGUCAACUUAUGAUAGUUUUCAAUGGAUUUAAGAAUACUAAGUAAUUGAUAUAGAGUUCAAUUAAAAUGGGCUAAUAUUAAUUGUAAGUGCCUCAAUGAAAAUAUAAAGGUAUUAGUAGAAGUAGUGGGAAACCUUACCAAACCAAAUUAUGAUUUUUGUAAACAAGUAAUCGAAAAAGUAUUUUGUUGGAAAAAUAGUUACCUCAAAUCAAAAGUAGCAGAUUCUUCCUUUUGAAAGUAAAAAACAAGAUGAAUCUAGUUUAUAAAAGAAUGAAAACUUGAACCUUCUUAUAGAAAAUACUCUUUAAAAAUAAAUCGAUAAAAAAAUAGCAGAAUACGAGGAGAUUUAGAAAGUAAAGAAUAUCUUAAGAGAAAAUAAUGAGGAUUUCGAUAUUAUCAACUUGAAUUAAACAUUUGAAAUCAAAAUGAAUGUGCUAAGUGAUAUCAAGGAGUUCUUAGUCAACAUCAGUUAGAUUAAUAAAAAUUAUAUUCUGCUUACUCCUCAUGAGUACUGGUUUUAAACACAAUAAAGCUUAAAUUGCUAAUUAAAAUUUGCUUAAUUGAAACAAAUUUAAUUUGAGGAUCAAACAGUUAAUGGUUAAAAAGGAGAAUCAAAGUUUCCAUAAUACAGUUUUUUAAAUUGGGGAGAUGGUUUAGAAAAAUCAUAAAUUCAGUUGAUAAAAAAAGAAAUAUAUAAAAAGAAAGAUUUGUUAGACUCAUACCAACUUGAAGCAUUGCAAUAUGCUCUUAAUAACCAAAACGCUGUGAUUUAAGGACCACCAGGAACAGGAAAAACAUUCUUAGCAAGCCACAUAAUCCAUACCCUAUAAAUUCUAAAAAAUAAGUUUUGCAAUAAACCCAUUUUAAUUAUAAGUAAAAAAAACAUUUCUCUUGAUUAGCUUCUAUAGAAUUUAGAAAAAAUAGACCCAGAAAUAAAACUUCUAAGACUGGGAUAUUAAACUGAUUUUAAUGAAAUGAAAAAAUAUACUGUUCAAGGAUAAGGAGGUCCAUUAAAGUUUUAAAUAUACGAAGAAGGAUAUUAAUUAAUCGAUAAAAAGCUCUAAAGUUACUUAAAAAGAAAUUAAUAUUAAGAUAGUUAAUCAGUAAAUAACUCUCAAUUAGAUGAAAGUGUUCAUAAUUAAAAUUUUAUAAAAGAAUAAGAAAUUGAAAUUUUUCUUUAAGAAAUGAGAAGCUAUGAAUAGUCUAAUUUGAAAAAUUAUGUAGAAUAAGAGAGAAAACACUAAUAAAGAUUAUCUCGCUUCAUGAAAAAAUUUCAAUUUAUUGGUAUGACUCUUACUGGCUAUCACACUUAUUUUGAAGCCUUGUAGCUUCUGGGAGCAGAAAUAAUUGUUGUAGAAGAAGCUAGUGAAAUUAAUGAAAGUGAAUUUUUCCCUAUUUUAACUCCAAAUGUAAAACACUUAAUUUAGUUUGGAGAUCAUUAGUAACUUAAACCGCUUAUCAGAAAUACAUCAUUAAUAAGGGAAUUUAACUACGGAAUGUCUUACUUUGAAAGACUAAUAAAAGUGAACAAAAUUGAUUAUGUUACUCUCUACUAGUAAAAAAGAAUGAGACCUGAGUUAGCAAACUUUACUAGGUUAUUUUAUGGUAAUAAAUAUAAAGAUGAUAAAGUUGUUAAUUAAAGGAGUUGUGCUACAGAAUUAUCGACCGUUGGUGUGUAUCUUGUUCCUCAUACUUAUUCAGAUUAAAGAAUGAGUGAAGGCUCAUACGUAAACCAAUUUGAGGUAUAUUAUAUUGAGCGUUUGGUUAAGAAAAUAUUUGAAAUUAAAAAAUAAAAUCACAAAGAAAAAUAUGAGUAAAAAAAUAUAACAAUCCUGUCAAUGUAUAGAUCUUAAAAAGAGCUUAUUCAAAGUAAACUUAAAAAUUUAGUGAAUAUACAAAUAUUUACUGUUGAUGAAUUUUAAGGAAAUGAGAAUGACAUUAUAAUUCUUUCUUGUGUUAGAUCAAACAAAAACAAUGAAUGUGGUUUUGUAACUCAACCUCAUAGAAUUAAUGUAGCGUUUUCAAGAGCUAAAAUAGGUUUAUUUUGUAUAGGAAAUUUUGAAAUGUACAGUAAAAAAUGCCAAAAAUGGUAAGAAAUUGUUAAGCUUAGUCUCAAUUAAUGUUCAUAUGGUGGAAUUAAUUAAAUGCCAUUAUAUAAAGAAAUUGAUAAAUUAACUUAGUUUUAGUUCGAAGUAAAUUUCUAUAGAAAAGGCUAAUAACAAUAAAAUAUUUGCAAUCUUUGCUAUUAAAAAUCUCACAUAGGAUUUUGUUAUUAAGCUCAUUAAGAUAUCACUUUUUAUGAUCAUUUUUUAAAGAUAUUUGAACAUAACUUUCAAAAUGUCUAAUAAGAAAAAACGUUAAUAGCUGAUGACUAAUAGGAAAGAUAAAUUAAUUUGUAUUAAAAUUUAAAUAUAAGUUAAAUUAAUAACUACGAAGCAGCUAACUCAGAAAGUUAAUCAGAAAUUGAUUAAUUAUUAUAAAAUAUGGAAGAAAAAAAGGAAGAUAAAAAUAUAAACCAAAACAAAAUAUAAAAUAGAAAAAAUGAAAAAUAUUUUUUAAUAGAUGACGAAAAAGAAAACUCUUUUUAAAGUUCAAAAAAAUAAAAAUAAAAAUUUAGCAAAAAGCCUAAGAAAUAAAUGCUCAAUUAAACUUAAAAUCUAUCAAUAAAUUAAAAUAAUUCAAAAUGA